UACCACUUUGAGUCGACGCAUCUUUGCUCUGUGUGUUCAGCGGUGCGCUCUCCUGUGAUCUCCGGACAGUUUUGAGAAUUUCGAGAGUGUUUUUUAACCUUUGGGAUGGAGAUUGAGGAUGUGAAAACUUCAAGCCGAUUAUUCCACAAGUCUUCAUUCAGCAUCAGCAGCCUGUUGUGGAGACGAGAAGGAGUGAUGGGUGACCAGGAGUCUCCUUCUCAGUCCCAGAAAGUGCGCUCUAGCCAGCUUGCAAAAGCCAGCCAUGAUCAAAACUUUGAAAAGUCAAAAGAAUGCGCCAAAGUGGAAACCAAAGCGGGGACUGUAACUGGGAGACGAGAAGGAAAUAAGGAAGAAUCGAGGAAAACCGGUGGGGCAGAAGAAAGCGUCAAACCCGAAAAACCGCCUUUUAGUUACAACGCGCUCAUCAUGAUGGCAAUCCGCCAAAGUCCCGAACGACGGCUUACGCUCAACGGCAUCUAUGAGUUCAUCAUGGAAAACUUUCCGUACUACCGGCAAAACAGACAAGGGUGGCAAAAUUCAAUCAGGCACAACCUGAGCCUAAACAAGUGUUUCGUGAAAGUGCCGCGCCACUACGACGAUCCCGGCAAAGGCAACUACUGGAUGCUGGACCCCUGCAGCGAGGACGUCUUCAUAGGUGGCACAUCGGGAAAACUGCGCCGCAGAGCCGCAGCUGGCUCCAGGACCAAGCUCGGGCUGAAGAGAGGAGGCGGUCGUGUGAUGCCCUCGGGCACUGCAACCAGCGUCACUCUGGCCGCAGCCAGUUCGUUUUACUGGCCGGUUCCGCCGUUUCUACCUCUCCAAACGCCGGUGCGCACCCACCUUGGCGCGGGGACAUAUCUGAGCGCGCACCCUCGCUUCUCCAACCACGCCACGUCAGUGGUCUCACAGCGGGCCCGACUGAGCGCAAACGCUGCGGACGCUGACCGGUUCUUGCAGACGCACCAGGAGAUGUCUUACAUCGGACUCAGUUGCGCGCAGUCCCGUCGCCACCAGAUCGGCGCCGCGUGCACCGCCUUCUCCGCCUCCAUCCCCGCGUGCACGCUGCCGCUGACAGACCCGUGCUCUUUUAACAUGAUCUCCGGACAAGCCAGCUACUUUUACUCUCACCACAUACCGUGCGCCGCCACGUUUAGUCAAGAGGAGUGCGCCACCUCCAAGACACCAGCGGCGACGUUUUUACCCAAGAGCGGUCACGCAGACCUCGGAGGAUGCUGCGGUGACUUUUCAAAUUAUUGCCCUCAAGUCAGCCCGAGCCCGUCGUCUUGGAAUAUAGAGAAAUAGAUACAGUCCCGACAGCCAGUGUGUGAGAUUUGAAACAUUGCUGUAGAUAGUUUGCUAAUUGUUGGAAACAAAAGGCAAAGCCAAAGAAUCCCGAUGAAUGAUAAAAAUCCUGCAAUAUUUACCCAAAUGUCUGCGUCACAGUGGAUGUAUCUAAGUAAAAAAAAGCGUUAAUAGACUUGGAUUAUUUCUCAGAGUUGCAAAGUUUAAAUGACCAAAAAAUAAAUGACGCGCGAACUAUAAGUCUUAAAAUACUUCCUCUGACAAACACAUUUCCGAAAAUGAGCAAAAAAAAGUGUAUUUGCGUAUAUUGUGAAUCCUAGGUUAUGCGCGGAUAUGCGCAGAUCAUUUUUUUAAUGCAAUUAACGUUCACCGAGUUUGCAUCUGCUUCUGAAAUUGUACUAGAAAAAAUAUUAUCCUUUGUUAACUUUCCUCAUCAAUGAUUUCCCACAUGUGUGUUUAUUGGUAUCAAAAAGUGAAGGGUUUUUCGGCGCAUGUCACCAGUUUUGGGUUGAAGGGAGGUGAGAAGAAAACACGAUUUUAAACAUGAAAUAAAAUCGAAAAGUAUAAAACUCUUGAUGAAGGGAAUCGCUUUCUCCAGCAUGGUAUCCAACACAUUAAAAUAUUACUUUGGAAAGGUUCCAGCUUAAUUUUAAACGAACGGGUGGAACCGGGGUUUUUUUGUUUUGUUUUGUUUUGUUGUUUUUUUAGUCCGGGGACUUUUUAAAUUAUGAGUUUUCAGUUUGGGUGAAAAUGCGAUGUGAAAAUGAUACUUAAACUGCUCAUUUGCUGCACUUACUGUCUUCGAUUUCGUUAAUGUUGCAACCAUAUAUAUAUUACAUUCCCAUUUUAAUGACCUUACAUGUAAUUAAACGAUA